CAAUAAGAACAGUAAAAAUGCAGGCAGGGCACAGGACAAAGCACUAGGGACAAAAUUGUAUUGAGUGAAUGUCACUUUUUGUCAUUUUCAAAUUUCCCGCCGUUCUGUCCCCCGUACGCCCCAACGCUUGCAGGGGACGGAACCCAGAUGACAGAUGCCGGCAUCCGCGGGAUUACAUUGCCGGGGACACCGCAGGGGGGACAUCGCGGGAGAGCAGGACAAGGUAAGUGAAGAACAGAUGCCGGAGCAGCACCGCAUGGUAAGCCCGAGUGUAGCUCGGGGUUACCGCUUUUGGUACUGAAA